UGGAGUUCCUCCGUUUAAUGGUCUUCCCGAUCAGGCCAUAAUCAUAGAAAUUUCACAUAACAGAAGAGAGAAAGCUAUCGAAAAUACACCUCCAAGCUAUGCCGAUCUCUACAUGAAAUGCUGGUCUUCCAAUCCAGAUCUGCGCCCAACAUUGAAGGAAAUUUUAACUGAACUAGAGAAUUUAUCAGUAGAAACUGAUAAAUUCAUUAUAAACCCUAUUGAUAAUCACCAAAUACAAAAUAAUAUUUCCUUGUACUACCCAGAUUCUGUCUCUUCUCCUAUAGAAUCUUCAGAACAGACAUCUUAUCGGAAGAAGCAUGUUGAGUUGUUAAAUGGAAACCUAGUGAUAGAUUGUCCUCUGCCUGCGAAUUUAUUUGUGAAUGUUAAUCAGAGAGCUUCAAAGGAAUUCACACACUUGAGAUAUACAGCUUGCACAUGCGCACCAGAAGCUUUUAAGGAAAAAAAUUUUAGACUUCGUCAAAUAGAAUACAAACCUCCACGACAGACUGAACUAUUUAUUUUAAUAAAUAUGCGCGACGAGAAUGAAAUUGCAAUGUCCCAUACUCUUUAUGGGAUCAUGGAAAAUAUUUCUUAUCUUUGCUCUCUCGAAAAUUCUCAGAUGUGGAGUAAAGACGGGUGGGAAAAGGUCGUCGUAUGCAUAAUUUAUGAUAGCCGUAAUAAUAUUAAUGAACGUGUUUUAUCAUAUUUGACAGCUCUUGGUGUUUAUCAGAAUAAUGUUGCGAAAGAAAAGGUUGAUAAUAAAGCUGUUGAAACACAUAUAUAUGAGUAUACAACUUCUAUUUCAAUUAACCAUUUUAAGGAUAAUUUUGAAAUGAAAAAAGAAGCUGAUGGAAUUGUUCCAACCCAAUUGCUCUUCUGCCUUACUGAACGAAGUAAACCUGGAGUCAACUCUUAUCAAUGGUUUUUUAAUGCUUUUUGUCCAAUGCUUGAGCCUAAAAUAUGUGUUCUUAUUGACGCUGGUGUUAAACCAGGUUAUGGAUCUCUCUAUAACUUGUGGAAAGCAUUUUCUGUAAAUCCCAAAGUUGCAGACAAACCAUUUGAAUCAGCUUUUGGUUAUAUAUCUGUUUUAUCUGAAGGGUUUUCCGCUUAUCGAUAUCUUUCACUUCAGAAUUGCAUUGGGGGUACAUUCAUUAAUAGUAUUCUCUCUAAUAAUAAAUAUACUCAUAAGAAGCAUACUCUUAAUUUUGAUUUGGUUACAAAGUCCAAUAAUUCUUGGAUAUUUCAUUACGUAAAGUCUGCGCAAGCUGAAAAAGAUGCACCUGAAACUAUUAUCAAUAAACCUCAAAGGUGA